AAAUGUUACUCAAACAGGAGUAAAUGGCAGAUCGAUUGGGAGCUAUUUUUACCCGCUAAUGUAACAUAUAUAUUUGGUGCUUUGGUGAUUUAUAGCUCGAUCUCGAUGGAAAAUAUGUUUUUGGUCUUUUCCAAACUGGCUUCAGCAGACAGCGAUAGACAGAUGGCUCAUCGAAUCACCUGCCAAGUAUUUUGUCAAAGUUCCCGCCCUUUUCCAAACUGUUGUCAAUGACGGCUUCGCAGAUACCCUCCACAGCAACAGCCUGUUCACCCUGCUGCCGUCGGGCAAGCGAUACAGAACACUACAGAGCUGCUUCUUUCCUCAGGCUCCACACUUCACCAUAAAGAAUCAUUUGUUUUGUCCUUCUAAUGAAGCAUUAAGGGACUAUAACUGCAUUUGGUUGCGCAACCCCGUGUUCUACAGUUCCACAGUGUAUUCUCCUGUCACAACAUGAACUGUUUCUCCAAGGAGAGUUUGGUUAAACCUUUCUCUUAGAAUAAAAGUCUGGAAUUUAAAGUAAAUGUGGGGGAACUUCCAUUUAUUUUCUCCUAUUUUGAGCAAUAUGUAUAAAAGCCAGAUUUCUGUCUUCACUUCUGUUUCAGUUGUGUCACUUCUCACUUAUUUCACUUCACUUCCUCUUUCUUUAACAUGUAUUUUCUGUAUUCCUCUAGUGGAUUAUUCUUUGAAGCUGCUGUACUGGUCGGAUAAAGAAAAAGUCAGACUGCAUCUGUGGGACAUCGCCGGUACGAAACAUUUUUCAGUAGAUAGAUGGAUGGCUGGACGACAUAAUGAACGUUGUGUCUUCCCUACAGGCCAAGAACGUUUCAUUUCCAUGAACAGGAUCUAUUAUAAGGGUGCGCUGGGCUGUGUUGUGAUGUUUGACGUCACCAACCCAACCAGCUUCCGUAGUUGUCGCCAUUGGAAACAGGACCUUGACAACAAGGCCAUGCUGCCCAAUGGAGACUCCAUCCCCUGCAUCCUGCUGGCCAACAAGUGCGACCUAGCUCAGCGGGCUGUGACCACAGACAGCAUUAAAAGGUUCAGUGAGGCCAACGGCUUCGUUACGUGGAUGGAGAUUUCGGUCAAAGAGAACAUGAACGUCGGAGAGGCUAUGAGGAGAUUGGUGCAAGAGAUUAUGUCGGUUGAGUCCAGUCUGGAUGGGCUCCAACACGAACCUCAAAACGUCGUUCAUCCUCAACUGUACUCAGAGAGAGGAGCAGGCUGCUGCUGAAACACAAGCGGAGGGACACGCAAACACAGGACCUGCUCAUUUCUUUAUAUCAGGGGUGGGGAACCUCCGGCCUCCGGGCCGUAUACGGAACGGUUUUUCCUGGCCAAAAUCAGGGUCCUUGAACACAACACGAGCGGAACGUGUCAUCACGUGGUCACGU